UAUUUCAAGUUGCGUAUUCCUAAUGGAGAGGGCAGUGAAGCUUUUACGGAUGCAUUAAAAAAAAAAGUAUAUGAGCAUCCUGCUUACCAAGAUCAAGUCCUAGUUAUGUAUGAUGGUGAUGAUGCAGCCGUUAAUCCCAAAUAUUACCACGGUAAUGCAGAAAAACCCGGGAAAACUGAAAAAUCGUUCUACCCAACUGCCCCCUCAGUUAAAGCAAUUGUAAAACAAUGUCUAAACGAGGCUCGCAAAGUGCAUGGGGAUUUGAUCGACGCUUCGGGCCCCGGAAUAAAAGUGCAAGUUGUGCAGGCAUCCAGGGAUAUCCAACAAAUUCAAAAUUUUCAAAGAUUAGCCCGACAGAAGACCAAAAUCAGCCACGAUGCGCAAUACAACGCAUAUGAAGUUGGAAUAGAUACUAACUUCCUUCAGAAAUUUGUUGUCCAUCCGGAAUUAAAUCUUGCCUGUCUCCACCCUUAUAUGGCAAUCGAAUUUAUAAAACUGCUCAAUCGUGACGAUUUACCAGCUAUCAUUAUCGAGUAUGACACGACGUUCGAUUUGGGGUGUUAUUUUGUUAGUUGGUUAACCUUUCGGUUUACUGAAUUCAUGAAUCUCGAGACCAAUCCCAUGCCAAAUGUUGGCUUGGGAUGCUUAAUUCACUCCCGAAAACUCCAAGAAUCCUAUAAAUGUUUUUGGGAUAUGAUAAAUAAAAAAAUUCCUGGGCUGUCAACAGCUACCAAUGUCCUGAUUUGUACCGACGAAGAAACUGCUAUUGUCAAUGCUAUAGCCAAGGAAUUCUCGUGUUAUUUCGACAAGAAUCUACCCCCAGAUAUGCUAUACAUGGGGAAAUGGAAAUGGUCGCUGGAACGCUAUGACGUUAAAAAUAUACUAUCUACAAGCCGCAUCGAAUCCUUCCAUGGUCAGCUUAAACGCCAUUUUAUAAAAAAACGAGCAUAUGGAGAAGAUGUCAUGCUUUUGGACAGUUUUCACAUUGUGCGACGGCAGCUGACGAGGAGCAACAGAGCCCGUUAUGGAGUGGGAGAGGAUUGGUUACUCCGGCCGCACUUAAGGAGUUCGUAUAAAUUUCACGAAUUGGAGCCUUCGACAUAUAAAAAUUCCGACGAAGAAAACUACAAUUAUAGCGAUAAGGAAGAUGAAUCACAGAUUCUUCCUGAAGACGACUUUAACGAUUUCCUAAAGGAGGAAAUUGAACUGGGUAAUCUAGGAGGCUGGAUUGAUUCCAAUAUUUUGGAUCAUGAAGUUCCAGUGGAACCUACAGCCGAGUCAACCACAAAUUCUCGUGGUUUUAUAACGGGACCAGUUAUUGUGACCGAAGAUCUUAUUAGAAAUGUUCGACUGAUUAUAAAGGUUGCGCCAAAUUCGCUGGAACAGAAGGUUGAGUCGUAUGAAACGGAGAAUAUUUAUUCCAACAAUGAAACUCAUGGUGAGUCUUUGUUUCCCCACAACUUUAGCGACCUUGGGUGUUACUGUUCCAUAGUAUCAACCACAAAUUCCGGUAGUUCAAAGUUCAUCGGAUUCCAUAACUUCUUGUGGCAAGCGUUAGGAAACAAUGGUGAGAGUUGGCGGAUAACAAGCAAAAAAACGCUUCACCGUGAUGAAUACCUUUCCGAGGAAGAAAUUGUGGCAAUUUGUGUCCCACAAGCACGAUUAGGAACGGGCCAUGUAAUGGAAUAUACUGCUGCCAAUGUUUCGUACAAUGCUUGCAUUAUAGAAGAUUCAAGCAACUUAGUGUAUGGUGAUAGAGAUGAAGUUGAAGUAAGCAUUGUUGAAUUAAGAAAACAAGUGGAAAUUGUGACAAAAGAAAAAAAACAGUUGUUGGUGGACAAACAAAAACUAAUAGAGUUAACUGAUCAGUUAGCAGCUUCUGUUAGUGGUCUUAAUGUGGAGCUAUACAACAUGAAGACAGAAAAGGCAGCACAACAAAAAUGUAGCUUCCUUGAAGAAAUUACGACUGACGACAAAAUGACUAUUCUACAAGGAAUUAAAUAG